AUGGCCACUUCCGUUGUCGCUUCCAAGUCGACCUUCUCCGGUGUUGCACCUACCCCAGAAGAGAUAAGCAGCCUUCUCGCUACAAUCUUCGACUCGGACGCUGCCCAGGUCUCUCUAGAUGCCUCAUACGCUCUGACAAAUCUAUUGAUCCAGUCCGUGGGUGUGCGCGGCCUCCUUUCAUAUAACCUCAUCCCAGAAAUUAAAAAGGCCGCUUCCGACAAGAAAAAUGGUGCCAAACGUGAGAGUGCCAUGUUUGUACUUGGCGCCAUGUUCGAGCGCUUCCCUCGAGAACAACCCCUCAGCGAAGUCGUCUUCCUUGUACAGGACGGCGGUGUCCUAAACCUCGCUCUCGAUGGCUUAGCCGACAAGGGUCCCUCCGUCCGGGAGUCGGCCCAAUUUGCAGUCGAUGAAUUAUUCAAGAAUCUCGAACCCGAAUCUAUGGUAGUAGGCCUUCUCCCUGCUUUGCAGCAAUAUCUCUCCAAGCCUACCGGCAAGUGGCAAGGCACUGUCGGUGCUUUCACUCUGUUGGGAAAGAUGGCAGAUAAAGCGAAGAUGGGCGAGGGCACGAAAGAGGAGGAACUAGCCAAAGAUGUCCUCCGGGAAUCCAUGGGCAAGACACUGAAAGAACUCAUCCCUAUUGUCGAAGCCGGAAUUCACGACCUCAAGGCCGAGGUCGUCAAGGCUGCCACAAAGACCAUGAAUUCGCUUACUACUUUGCUACAAAACGACGAUGUGGCCCCCCGCAUACCACUUUUGAUUGAUACUAUGAAGAACCCUUCAAUACAGACCCUACAAAAGGCUAUUCAUGCCCUCUCGCAGACAACUUUUGUGGCAAUUGUCACCUCUCCAGUUCUGGCUCUCCUUACCCCACUCCUCGAGAGAGCUCUAAAUAACCCUUCAACAUCGCAAGAAGUUCUACGGCAAACUGUGGUGGUAGUGGAAAAUCUGACCAAACUGGUCCAUGACCCUGUCGAGGCAAGAACUUUCUUGCCAAAGUUGCAACCCGGUGUACAAAAGGUCAGAGAUAACGCUUCUCUACCCGAGGUCAGAGAAUUGGCAGACAGAGCAGUAACUGUCAUGAAAAAGGCUAUGGGUGAUGACAAAGAUGGCAUCACCAAUGGCCAAAUUGCAGCCACCACGACAGACGAUGUCCUUAAAGUGCUUGAUAGCCAACUUCGCGCUCAAGGAGGUAUCCAAAAGGGAGAUGCCGCUUUAUGGAAAUUCGGGCAAACAUAUGUCUCUGAGAUGGUUCGUGAGGAUGUUAACGGCAGAGUAUUCAGCCGUAUUCCCAGCAGAGUUGGACCUUAUCUCAAGUUUCUACUACCUGAUGAGAACCGGACUGCCAUUGCCGAAGGUGUACAAAAGCAUUUUGUUGAAGAAGACCACAAGAAGUACGGUGCACCAGUGGUGAUCAACCCGGAUGAGAUCGAAAUUGUCAACGCCGAGUUUUCUCUUGCCUAUGGUGGUAUGUUGCUCCUUUCUCACACAAACCUACGACUCGUUAAGGGUCAUCGUUAUGGUCUCUGCGGUCGCAAUGGAGCUGGUAAAUCGACCCUUAUGCGCAGUAUUGCAGAUGGAAAGUUGGAAGGAUUCCCGUCCCGAGACGUGCUCAAGACUUGUUUUGUCGAGCACAACCAAGGUGAAGAUGCCGACAUCAGCAUCCUCGAAUUCGUGGCCAAGGAUCCCGAAAUUGCCAAGGAAGGACAAGAAAGAAUCUCAGAAGUUCUCAGCGAGGUCGGAUUCACAGCCGGUCCCGAAGGACGUCAAUCACACAAAGUUGGCUCUCUCUCGGGUGGUUGGAAAAUGAAGCUUGCCUUGGCUCGUGCCAUGUUGAUGAGAGCAGACGUCCUCUUGUUGGACGAGCCGACCAACCAUCUCGAUGUCGCCAACGUCAAAUGGUUAGAGCAAUACCUCCAAACCCACACGGAAAUCACUUCCUUGAUUGUGUCUCACGAUUCUGGCUUCCUUGAUGCUGUCUGCACCGACAUCUAUCACUACGAACAGAAGAAACUUGUUCACUAUGUUGGAAAUCUGGCCGCCUUCGUCAAAGUCAAGCCAGAGGGUAAAAGUUACUACACUCUUUCUGCAUCUCAGAUCCAGUUCAAAUUUCCUCCACCAGGUAUCCUCAGUGGUGUCAAAUCUAACACCCGAUCGAUCAUUCGAAUGACCAACUGCAGUUAUACAUAUCCAGGUGGCUCGAAACCAAGUUUGCAAGACGUUUCAUGUCAAUUGAGCUUGUCUUCUCGUGUGGCUAUCAUUGGUGCCAAUGGUGCCGGCAAAUCUACACUGAUCAAACUGCUGACAGGUGAAACCAUUCCUCAGACCGGCAAGGUCGAGAAACAUCCCAAUCUCAGAAUUGGAUAUAUCAAACAGCACGCUCUUGAACACGUUGAAAUGCACAUGGAGAAGACUCCCAAUCAAUAUCUGCAGUGGCGAUAUGCCAACGGUGAUGAUCGAGAAGUUUUGAUGAAGGCUACUCGUAUUCUUACCGAUGAAGACAAGGCUCAAAUGGAGAAGUGGAUUGAUCUUGGCGAUGGUAAAGGAGCAAGACAACUGGAGAACUUGAUGGGUCGACAAAAGUACAAGAAGACUUUCCAGUACGAAGUCAAGUGGCGUAACAUGAUCCCCAAAUUCAACAGCCAAGUUUCAAGAGAAACACUUGUGGAAUGGGGUUUCGUCAAGCUUUUGCAAGAGUUUGACGAUCAUGAAGCAUCUCGCGAAGGUCUGGGUUAUCGGAUCUUGGAACCCAAGGUCAUUUCGAAACAUUUCGAGGACGUGGGCCUAGAUCCUGAAAUCGCCAAUCACAAUGAGAUUUCGGGUCUCAGUGGUGGACAGAAAGUCAAGGUGGUGUUGGCUGGUGCCAUGUGGAACAACCCUCAUCUACUCGUUCUCGACGAACCCACCAACUUUUUGGAUCGAGAUUCUUUGGGCGGUCUUGCUGUUGCCAUUCGUGACUACAAGGGUGGUGUCGUGAUGAUCAGUCACAACGAAGAAUUUGUUGGGGCACUGUGUCCCGAACAAUGGCACGUGGCUGAUGGCCGCGUCACUCACAAAGGUCUUCUCGCCAUCGAUCUUAAUAGGUUCGAAGACUCAAGACCAGGAUCUAGUAAUGUUAGCUCCGUGGUCUCGAGUGCUACUGCUUCAGCUGUCAACUCGGGUGCGGAAGACAACAGUGAAAUGAAAUUCAGAGCAAAGAAGAAGAAGAAGUUGACCAGAGCACAAAUCAAGGAGAGAGAUGUGCGACGAAGAUUACGACACAUCGAAUGGCUCAAUAGCCCCAAAGGAACACCUCACCCUCCAGAUACGGAUGACGAGGCAUAG